GGGAAACUGGGGAGCAGGCAGGCAGCCGGCGCUCCAGAACGCCCCUGUCUAGUGAGGCGAGUUCCUCAAGAACGCGGCAAGAGCACGGGCACGUGAAAGAGGAGGAGACAGGACCGGAACCCAGCAGCCGAUGGAUCCACAGCCCACCCUGCACUGCAGAGCACGUCCUUAGUGUCCCGCGGAGCAGCCUGAGGGAUGAGAAGAGAAGAUGGCUGAAGCCAGCGGAAGAGAGGUUGCUCUGUCCAGGAUGGAGCAGGGCAUCAGCAACCUGGGCCUGGAGCUCUCGGAAGAAGGAGCAAACCCCGGGGAAGCUGAGAAGACCCUCGCGCAAGGACCUCCACAGAGGAGGAACCUACAGCCUUUCGUUAAGACAAGAAGUUUCUGUGCGCGACAUGCCAGGCUGUUCAAGAAGAUCCUGUUGGGCCUCUUGUGUUUGGCGUACACUGCCUACUUCCUGGCAGCUUGCAUCCUGGAUUUCCAGAGGGCACUGGCCUUGUUCGUCCUCACCUGCUUGGCGAUCUUUGUCCUGGCUCAGCACUUUCUGAAAAAGCUCCUCGGUAAAAAAUUAACCAGAUGUCUGGAGCCCUUGAAAAGAUCUCGCCUGCGAGUUUGGAUGAAGUGGUUGUUCGCAGGUGCUUCUCUGGUCGGCCUUAUCCUGUGGCUGGCUCUGGAUACGGCCCAAAGGCCGGAGCAGCUCAUCUCCUUUGCAGGAAUCUGCAUGUUUCUCCUCAUCCUCUUUGCCUGCUCCAAACACCACAGCGCAGUGUCUUGGAGGACGGUGUUUUGGGGCCUGGGUCUUCAGUUUAUCUUUGGGAUCUUGGUCCUCAGAACCGAUCCUGGAUUCAUCGCUUUUCAGUGGCUGGGAGGACAGGUUCAGAUUUUCCUGGACUACACUGUGGCUGGCUCCAGUUUUGUCUUUGGAGAUACACUGGUCAAAGAUGUCUUUGCUUUUCAGUCCUUACCAAUCAUCAUUUUCUUUGGGAGUGUGAUGUCCAUUUUAUACUACCUGGGGCUCGUGCAGUGGGUAGUUCAGAAGAUCGCCUGGUUCUUGCAAAUCACCAUGGGCACCACUGCCACAGAGACCCUGGCUGUGACAGGAAACAUCUUUGUGGGGAUGACAGAGGCACCUCUGCUCAUCCGCCCCUACCUUGCAGACAUGACCCUGUCUGAGAUCCACGCCGUGAUGACUGGAGGGUUUGCCACCAUCGCAGGCUCUGUGCUGGGAGCCUUCAUAUCCUUUGGGAUUGACGCGCCAUCCUUGAUCUCGGCCUCUGUGAUGGCCGCGCCUUGUGCCCUGGCCUUGUCCAAGCUGGUGUACCCGGAAGUGGAGGAGUCCAAGUUCAAGAGCAAGGAGGGGUUAAAACUGCCGCGUGGGAAGGAGAAGAACAUUCUGGAAGCUGCCGGCAGUGGAGCCACAGAUGCCAUAGGUCUUGUCGCUAACAUAGCCGCCAACCUGAUCGCCUUUCUGGCCAUUUUGGCCUUCGUCAAUGCUGUCCUGUCCUGGAUGGGGCAGAUGGUGGACAUACACGGGCUCACUUUCCAGGUCAUCUGCUCCUACGUGCUCAGGCCCAUGGUUUUCAUGAUGGGUGUAGACUGGGCAGACUGUCCCAUUGUGGCUGAGGUGGUCGGAGUCAAGUUCUUCAUCAACGAGUUUGUGGCCUACGAGCAGCUGUCCCAGUACAAGAACAAACGUCUCUCUGGAGUGGAAGAGUGGCUCGCGGGCGAGAAGCAGUGGAUUUCUGUGAAAGCUGAAAUCAUUGCAACAUUUUCUCUCUGUGGAUUCGCCAAUCUCAGUUCCAUAGGAAUCACACUGGGAGGCCUGACACCAAUGGUACCCCACCGGAAGAACGACUUGUCCAAGGUUGUGAUCAGGGCCCUCUUCACGGGGGCCUGCGUGUCCUUUAUCAGUGCCUGCAUGGCAGGAAUUCUCUACGUGCCCAGGGGAGCCGAAGCGGACUGUGUCUCCUUCCUAAGCACAAGUUUCUCCAACAGAACCUACGAGACCUUCGUGUGCUGCCGAGAGCUCUUCCAGAGUACUUCUGUAAACGGUACCAACCCACCUUCUUUUUCUGGUCCCUGGGAAAACAAGGAGUUCAGUGCCGUGGCUCUUGCUAACUGCUGUGAAUUCUACACCAACGCUGUCUGUGCCUGAGCCGAUCGGUCCAUUUCCAUGACACUUCUUGACGGCUGCUUUGUGGUCAGAGGCAUCUAUGCACUCAGGGUUACCAUUCUGUACUGAAUGUAGGGCCGGGGAUACAGCUCAGUGGCACAAGCGCCUGCCUGGCAAGCACAAGGGCCUAAGUUUGAUUCCCGGUACAAAAAAAAAAUGUAAUGGAUGCAUGAGGAUCUGUGAUAGUAAAAUAUUCCUUUUGGUGCACUGUAUCCCAAAAAUGGAAAUCAGCAUUUGUCUUUCAAUUGUCUGGGUGAACCAAAUAGGAAAUACUCCCUGCGUUUCUAUUUGAAAAAAAUAAAUGUUACCAUAUCAAAAAAAUCCUGAAAA